GGAGGUUAGAGCUGGGUGUGGCAAAUAAAAAAAUUAAUUUUUUUUCGCAAACACGGAACAAAAAUUUUUUUUCAAAAAAAGUUGCCAUUUGCCUCCAAUACCACCAUCCAUAAGUUUCAUGUGGAACCCAUGCUCUCAAUUUAAAAUUUCUGCUAGAGUAAAAUUCCUGGCCCGCCAAUGCAUGGUUUUGUGAUGGUUGUGGAAGACAAAAUGGUAUGAUACGAUAUCAAUGUCAACAUUGUCGAGGAGCAAAUACAUAUGAUUUAUGUGAACAAUGUAUUUUACAUGCAUCAACAAUACAGCCUUAUCAUAGAUUUCAAUUAGUACAAAAUGCUGGAACUGGUACAUCAAAUUGGGUUGGACGAGAACAGAGAGCCGUACUUUAUUAA